CUAGCUAGCUACGCGAGGUGUGUAGUGUAGCAUUGUUCGUUAUUGGCAGCGUAGCGUUCGUGCGUUCCGUGUGCCUCGUUUUUCUCGGACUCUAAAUUUAGGUGUAGCUUGUGUUCAUCUACAGCUGUUCGUGAUCGUCGAUCAAGAGUAGUCCACGCAGCCAAAAUCUACGACUAGUUUAGAACAGUUGAACGAACGACUUUUGAACAGCUGAUAAUCUGUCGUGUGAUUUACACUUGCGAAUGAGUAACAUCUCUGUAUACCAACGUGCGCUGCGUUAGUGAAGAAAAACGGGAGGCAGACCCUCUGCCAACGACUUCCUUCUACUCGGUAUCGCUGUACACAAGACUAGAGCCAUGAAUAAGACAUUGGUGCUUGGCACGAUACUGACCACGCUUCUAUCAACAGUUUGCUGCCAGUUCCUAAAAUAUCCAGUGGCGAAAGAAGUCGAGAGAGGUGGAAACGUUACGUUGGAAUGCCAGUUUGACCCCACCGUCUUCAAUGUCAAGAGCGCCAAGAGGUACUGGUACCGCUACGAUGGCAUGCUCAUCGACGACACAUUCCAGCUGGAACGCUACACGCUGCAGUCGAACGGCGACACGGGCGCCUACAACCUGCGCAUCGCACGCGCGCAGUACGCCGAGGACAACCAGCGCUUCUCGUGCCGCGCACAGCUCGCUGCUGGCAAGGUGCACCAGAGCGAGCCAGUGCAGCUCACCGUGCUCACGCCACCUGGUGACCCGAGGGUGACGGUAACUCCGAGCACGACGGUAAACGAAGGCGACAAGCUGAGUCUGCGGUGUGAGAGUGCAGGAGGCAGUCCACCUCCUACCAUCGUGUGGUACUCUCCGAAGGGCGUGUCCGUUGACGGCGUGUACGUGGCGGGCAACGUCAACAGUCCGACGGUGAGCACGAUUACGAUCGAGGCGUCGCGCGACGACCACCGGCAGGAGUACCACUGCGAAGUCUACAACAAGGUCAACGAGCAGAACAAGAAGGUCAUCAAGCAGGGCCUCAGCGUGAAAUAUCAGCCGUACGUGACCGUGACGCCUGAGUUCAAGCCGCUGCGGCUGGAGCUCGGCUCGCAGAGCGCGCUCACCUGCGACGUGAACGCCAACCCUCCCGCGCAGUACGUCAAGUGGUUCAAGGAUGGCUCGGAACUCGCCGACACGACCUUUGAUUAUGCAUUGAACCCAGUGACGGUGGACCACACAGGUGUGUACAGAUGUGAAGCCACUAAUCACCUAGGAACUGGGAGAGCCGAAAUCACCAUAGAAGUGCAGUACGCACCGCGAGUGAAGACACCAGAGCGCAUAGAAACCAGCGAGGGUGGUAACGUGGAAAUAACAUGCAAUGUGGACGCGUAUCCCGCCCCAGCGAAAAUUGAGUGGUGGAGGGAUGGGCUGAGAGUUGCAGAAAUCGCCACGCUGAAGAUCGCAAAGAUUGUGAGAACACAAGGCGGCAACUACACCUGCAAGGUGACAAGCUUCCUCCAGCUUUCUCUAGAAGCAGAUCCCGUGACACGAACGUCAGAGUCGCACACAUAUGUGCAAGUCAGCUACAAGCCCGGCGUGGCUGUGAUCGAAUCCGUCGAGGCCGUGCUGGUGGGAGACAGCCCUGUGAUAUCGUGCACAGCGACAGACUACGGCGUGCCGCGCGGCGAGUUUGAGUGGCACAGGAGUGGCGAGACGAAUGUGAUCUGGCGCGGCAGCUCGUACCAGCCCGGCUCGGUGCGGCUGUCCGACAACGGAGCGUACGAGUGCGUGCUGCGCAACAGCCUGGGACUGGGCACGGGCGCGCACACCCAGCUCACCGUCAACCAGCUGCCUGAGCUAAAUGCCUUCCCGCCAGCAGUGAUCAAACAGAACGAGUCGUACACGGGUUUGUUCGUGACGUGUGGAGCCCGAGGAAAGCCUGCGCCCGUCAUCCAGUGGUUCAAGGACGGACAGGAACUGACCAUCGGUCAAGAAGGCACGAGGCUGUUCACGUCGGUCAUCAACACAACACAGGUGGACACGUACAUCAGUGAGACAACAGGCACGCUGUGGUGGAGGGGGCCGUCGAGAGCUCAGCUGGACAAGCAGCGCAGCGACAACGCGCUCAUCCGCACCGAUAACGGCAACUACGAGUGCCGCGCAAUCGGCGCCGGCAAGGAGGUGUCACACACGCUGCGACUCAUCGUCAACUUUGCACCUGUCGUCGUGCAAAACAUAACAAAGUUUGCAUACACCAGUGGAGACACGGGAACUGUGGUGUGUCACGCACGAGCUGUGCCAGAGCCCGUUUUCACCUGGUACAAGCAACAGGGUGGUCAUGAGAUACAACAGAGUGACCGCAUCUCACUGAAUACCGCCCAGCCCGAUGCUGAUGACAAGUACGAGAGCCGCCUGGUGGUGAAGGGCGUAGACAAGGAUGACUUGGGCAAUUACCGAUGCCGAGUGAAGAAUCUGAUGGGAGAGACAGAGGUGGUCUUAAAGCUGCAGCAGAAAAGCCGACCAGACCCCCCUGUAGCAUUGAAAGUGGAAAACGUGACAUCCGACUCUGCCGCGCUGAAGUGGGAACCCGGUUUUGAUGGCGGUGACAUGCAGAAAUUUGUCGUCAAGUUCAACUGGGGUGACCACGUCAGUAACAUGGAUGUUGAUCCUCCAACCGCAACGAGGUUCACCGUAGAAGGCCUGCAGCCGAGCACGCAGUAUAACUUCGUCGUGCAGGCGAAGAACGCGUACGGAGUCAGCGACGUGUCCAACGGCCGGCUGCUGACGACAGAGGAGAAGCCAUUCAGCCCCGAUGACGUUGUGCUCGCUGACGUCGGCUUCAACGAAGUGAGCAAGAAGCUGAGCUGGUCGCCGCCACCCAGCAGCGCCAACCUGUGUGUCAAGGUCGAGAAGAAGCGCGAGAACGACUGGAUGCCAAAUGGUCCGUGCGUGCCCAUGUCCGACGGCUCGUUGUCUGUGGAUGACUACACGUCUGGUACGGUGAUGCGAGCGUCCGUGUGCAUGUCAGGCUAUGGCCAGUGCGGAACUCCGACCGAGGCGAAGAUAAAUUUCUACAUGUACGUGCUCAUUGUCAUCGUCGUGCUCGUGGGUGUGCUGAUCAUCGUCAGUGUCGUCAUCAUCGUCUGCUGCUGCAGGAGGAAGUCUCGCACAAAGAAAGCAGCUAAAGCGAAGCAAGAUUACGAGAUGGAGGCAGCACACGCAAGAGCGCCGGCUACGUACUCGGUGCCGCCGCAAUACGCCGACACCUCCAUCCACAAGGGCGUCACCAGCGGCUCAAUGGACUACGGUGAACCGCACAAGGACGUGCCCUACCACAUCGGCAACGGCUACGGCAACAGCAGCGGCAGCGGCGGCGGCGGCUACGGCAACGGCAACGGCGGCUACGGCAAUGGCAGUGGCUACGGCAAUAGCAGCGGCAAUGGGUAUUACCCAAACUACAACGGAGGGCCGCCGCCGGCUUACAAUGGUCACGGCAGCACGGCGUCGGACAUCUACAAGCCUGACCCGUGGGAUGCCGAGCCACUGUUCAGCGACGGUGAUCUCAACCGGCUGAAUAACAGCCACAUAGGUAUAGAAAAUCCGUACUUGCACGUUAGUGGCCUGCCCAACCCUUACGACUACGAGGACUAUGGCUCGCAGGCGCCCUCUACGAAUAUCACCUAUGACAACAACAGCGUGCCGGAGAGUGGAUACUCUACGCCAAACCACCCGCAGAGAAAAGUCAUUCACGAAGUGAUAGUAUAGAUAAUAUGUAAAGGUUCACUGUGCGUGCACAUGUGCAGUAGAGGAGCGUUUGGAAGCUUGCAGGUCUGGUUCCGAAUGCAGUCGGUGUAAAUUCAUACAUGUAAACUAGAUGCCUACUUACCGCUCAGCUCCGCGUGAUGAGAGGCCAGAGAAGUAAUCCGCGUGUGGCUAGUUACUGUGCUCUGAACUAUAUCGUGUUGGCCGUGAAUCGUGGGCAGCAGUGUGCGCGUACGCACAGAUUAUUUAUGUGCAGAGAGUAGAACUUAGUUCAGUAGAGGACGGAUCAGAUGAGAGGCCGGGUUGCAUACGCGUCAGUGAGGUUGAGUUGCACCGGCCUGAUGGGCAGACCAGAUGUCAACGCAGUAACCUAAUGUUGAGGCCAGAUCUCAGGAGUAUUGAUGCUGAGACGUAAGGGAAUCGAUGACACUUUCUCGAUGCUGUCUCGUAAGCGCAAUGCACAAUACACCCGGAUAGCAAGAUUAGAUGCUUGUGAACAUUGGUUGUCAGACAACUCGAAUUUUAAGAAAAACGCCCAUGGCAGUGGUCAGUACACAGUGUUCAUACAGGUGAAAUAGGACGAAAAACACCGAGAAGAAAGCAUUGCAUGUUUAUGUCACAAGGCUGGAUAGCAAAUCAUUUGCUGACAACGUGUAUCUAAUCACCAAUGCAUACUCCAAUUGGUUUUGUUUAAGCUCAAAACAAAAUAGUGGCAUAUAUUGGAGAAGCCAUUCACAAGAUGCCAGACGAGAAUUAUGAUCAAGCUACAAUGAUUAACGAUGCUCGUAUCUAAGGCCAUAUCAUCAGUAACUGAGCUCGUAAUGCAAGAAUCCAUACGUUUUUGUGCACUGCAAAGUUCCUGCACAGUCACCAUGGGGCUAGCUAAUAUACAUCCUGCAUAUCAGUUCUGAUAAACUGCCAUGAGCCCCUAGACACUUGGAAUGUGCUAUUAAACGUCUGAUUUUAGUUUCCUUACGCCAUUAUUUUUCAAAGGUAGGUUGUUGAGAGAUUUUUUACUUAAUUUUUACCCAAAUUUUAGUUUGUUUAAAUCUGUUACUGGAUUUAUAAACAUCUCUAACCAUCUAUUAAAUGGAAUGGCACAUGCAGUCAAGCAUUAGGCCACAAGAAAAACCUUAAACGGUCAUGUCACACACAGUAGCAGCAGUGCUAUUUUAUGUGCACUAGUCAAACAAGGAGAAACUACUGGAGUAAAGGUGUUGUAUAUAUGAAUACAUGAAUACUCACUUAAUCGAUCUACUCUUCACUGUUGGAAGGCAAUGUAAAUAAUAUGUUUAGUUGUACAGUUGUACAUUGUUGUACCGUGACUAUUUUACGUUCGUUCUAUCAAGUUCUAGGUAAGUUUUAUCAUCGCCAUAUUGGAAAUUGUCUCGUCAUUUAUUAGUGUAUUUUAUGUUUUGUGUAGUAGCACAUUCGUCACUAGUGCUUCUGUAAAGUUGUAAUGUUUUACAUAUUUUUAUACUUUGUGAGGAAGAGCAUCUGCUGGCAUUCUAAUAUACGAUGAUAGAUGCUUACAUGAUUUCCCCGUACUCGUCGGCAUUUAUAACUAGAUGAAGUUUUGUACAGUAAGUUGUUACAAUUGCUGAUGCUUUGUCGUCUGCAUCACUUAGAGGCAACGAAUCUCAUAACAGAUGUCAUUAUUGUGGAUCAUACAUUUAUUGCAAUCUUGUGCUUUGAAUGAAUUUCCUGCUCAUUUUGCACUGGUAAAUUUAUGUAGAUGAUACUCACACGUUCUACAUAGUGAAAUUACCAGCACAAUGUUGUAUGAUUAGCAUUCCAAGAAAAUGAAAUCGAAGCAGUGGUUAUAUAAAAAGAUUCACUCAUUUCAUGAUAUUAAUUUUCUAUAGGAUUUCUUUAUAUGGGUCUGGUACUGUCCGACGAUAAUUCAGUCUGACAUUAUCAGUGAAGUUACCGUGUCCAGUUUAUUCGUUAUUAGCUAUUAAAUUUCCAUGUACAGUCAGUGUAGAAAUACAGCUGAUAACCAACAGAAUCAAUAAAUAAACCAGUUAUGACCGAUUAAUUAUGAACACAGUUCUGCCAUUAGCCACAUUUUGCAAUGUGUAAAGAAUUUCUUAUGUAAAUUUUUUAUUGAGAUUAUACUAGCUAAUGUGAAUGACAGCUGACAGGUUCAAGGUGAGAGGAAUAUUUUGUCAGUCUUACGAUACACUUGCUAUCUUAUAUGUCUGUAUUUGAUGUACCAUACUCAAUCUAAAUAAAUCUUUUAUACAGCUAUAAAU